UGCACAGGGCGGGGGUGGGUGGAGGAACAGGUAGAGCCGGUGCCUGGGAGUUUUCCAGCCAAGCCCAGCCCAGCCCGGGGCUGCCCCUGGGUCUGCUGGCCCAGCCCAGUCUAUAACAGCCCCGCAAGGCGGCCCCGGACCCACAGCCGGCCUGAGCCUACGAGACAGGAUGUGGGAGCUGCUGCGCCUGUGUGUGCUGGCUGCGCUCCUGGGCACAGGGGGCGCCAUCUCCUGCUAUAACUGCACCAGCUCAGAGGGCUACAACUGCACCACGAACCAGGCCACCUGCACCAGCGCCGUCAACAGCUGCAUCACCAUCGCCCGCGACGAGGAGCAGGGGGACGAGGACAAGGAGAAGACAGUGUAUGAGAAGAAAUGCAACUCGGACGAUCGGCUCUGCAACCAGUUCUAUGGGCUGACGGCCGGCACCUACCAUCUGCGCUGGAACUCAACAUGCUGCCGGGCGGACAGCUGCAACGUGCCCGAGAUCACCCUGCAGCCCAGCUCCAGGGUCCCCAACGGGCUGCGCUGUCGCUCGUGCUUUGCCCGCGGCUCGGACGUCUGCGUGCCCACCGAGGUGCUGAACUGCACGGGCUUGCAGACCCGCUGCAUACAAUUCGCUGCCACCGCCGGCCAAGGACCCCGGCAUUUCACGAAGCCCAAGCUCGUGAGCUGGAAACGUACGCCCCUGGCCAACACCCUGAGAGUGAAGGAUUACGAGGUGCAGUUGGACUUCCUGAUCGUCAGAGCCCUGGGCGCCUGGGACCCGUGCAACAAGCGUGUGUUGCAGCGCCUUAUUGUCUCAGACACCAUCUGA